AUGGAAUACAUCGCACCAAAAGUAGUCAACGGAAUGAUUGAGAUUGAUAUUGAACAAGAAGAUAUCAAAACAGAAAUACGCUUUUGGGAUAAUGCCCUAAUUCUUUAUGUUGUAGGAGGUGAUUUGAGUAUGAACAUGGUGAAGAACUUUAUGCAGAGAAUGUGGAAUUUUGUGAAAAUACCAGAUCUUUAUUACCACGACGACGAGUAUUUUCUGCUCAGAUUCAAUUCCUAG